AUGGCAGAAGAGACAUCAAAGAAGCACCCAAUUCAAAAGCAUGAAAAGACGUUUGAGGAACAUCAUCGUGGUCUGGUGACAGACUUAAAAGCCAGCACCUCACAUGAAGCCGACAGCAAGCCAUCAGGGCAUGUUGUGUCCGUUGAAGACUUCAGUUGGGUUCGCAGUCAUCCCGACUGGUUCCCUCAGCUAAACAGUUGGAUCGACCAGGCCAGUAGACGUAUGUCCUCUGACCUGUCUGAUAUGCCUCAAAACUUCUUCACUCUGCAGCCCCUUGAGGUCUCCGACAUGGGCUCGGGUGAUGCACCCAAUGCCAUGAAGUUCUUUGAUCGGCACAUGGAUAAGCUACGUAAUGAGAUGGAGGAAUCCAUCAAGGCGAUGAACGUGGGAGCAACCGAUGAGGUGGCAGCCCCAAGUGAUGGCCCGGCUGGCGAGCUCGGUUAUUUGACAAAUGCUUAUGAGCCCGGCAGAGAUGGUCAUCUCCACUUCAAGGUUCGUUACAAUGUCCAAGACUUCCUGCCAGAGGACGUUGAGGUAACCAUGAGAGGCAACUGGUUAGUUGUUCAUGGAAAGAAGACGGAUGACGUGGCUGAUGGUGGAGUGCGUACUCGCGAAUUCUGCCGUACGGUGGUUGUUCCGGAAAAUGUGAACAAGGACCACUUCCAUGCUUCCUUGACGUCUGACGGUGUAUUGGUGGUGGAUGCGCCGCUGAAAGAACCCGACUACAGCGUCUACAAAUUUGACGGCGAUCGCAAGCUUUGUCUUACCGCAAAACCGCACGAAGAAGCGCCUGCUGGGAUGGAACUUGCUAUCACCGGCAAUGACGGUGCCGUUGUGAUGGGUGAUGCGGAACAUAGGAAAUUGCAUUUGGAGGUGCCUGUGGAUUCGCACUUGGGGCCCAAGGACAUCACUAUCAGGAUGGAUGCUAACAGAUUGCAUAUCAGCGGCACGCAUGUCGAGAAGCACGAUCAGAAGACAGCCACUGCUGAAGUACACAGUUUGGAAAGGGCACAUUUCUCUAGGACCUAUGCCAUUCCUCGAGCGGUUGACGCCUGCUCCGCCACUGCUAUUAUGAAGGACCAUCGACUUGUGUUGGAGGCUCCAUUCCUGAAACUGUGA